AUCUCCACCAACAGCGCGCGCUUGCGACAAGGCGAGGUGAGAGCCAGACGAGCCGCAUGGAAUGGGUCGAGGCAGGCGGCAAGAUACAGAGGCCGCAUCGAUAGCUCCGUCGCGUCCGUCCGACGACUCCUCUUCGAACCAAGAGCUGGAGGUCAAUCAGCCACCGCCAAAUUGGCCUGCGGAGAUCGAGUACCUGUCGUCGAGCUGCCUCCCCUCGUCGCAGCUGCCCCACGCAAUCGCGCUCACGCUCUGCACGGCGCCUUCGACGAGCUCUCCCUUCCACCCCGUCCAGCUUCGGAAGCGCAAUCUGGUGGCCAUCGUCCCCAUCACGCCCAAGACGCCCUUCGUCCCAGCUUAUGGCUCGUCCCUGGACCACCACCCCGCACAGGGCCAAUGCGGCCUGUUUGCCAGAUGCGACCUCGAGCCUAAUACUCUCAUAGUGCCCUACCUUGGCCGCGCGCACCUCUCGGUUCCGCCCGAUCAGGACGACGAGAGCCAGUACGACGCUUCGAUCUCUGUCUCCGCACCGGCGUCUGCGCAAGAGGGCGAGAAUGACGGCGAGGUCGCACGGUGUGGCAUCGAUGCGACGCACUGCGGCAACGAGGCGAGAUUCGUCAACGACUACCGGGGCAUCUUGAAGCGGCCCAAUGUCUUUUUCAAAGAGGUCGAGCGGCCCUUUCCUAGAGAGAAGAAGGCCGAGCUCAGUGCACAUACUUCGGGAGAGGAAGGGCAGCAGCAGCCACUGCCACGGAAAAUCAGGGGCCUGGCCAUCUUUACUGGCGCUCAUCCCAUCAAGGCCGGCACGGAGCUCUGCGUCAGCUAUGGCAAGGGCUGGUGGGCUGCUCGUAGCGAAGAGCAGGGCGGCUCCGCUGAGCAGGACGAGGAAUAAUCUCGAGACGCCGGCGAUCAUUUUGUACAGUAAUCGCAAUGUAAAACAUGCAUCAUAGGCC